UCUUGCAAUGGCCGCCAAGGUCGCCGACGCCGCAGACAAACAAUCGCCAUUUUUAACAACAGUCCACAUUUUCCCCUUGACCGAAAUGCGUCGAUAAGGGGCUGUUUUCCACCCACAACACAUAUUAAAUCUAGUGCAUCUUGUGUAUGUGAUGUUUGAUUGACUAAUAGACGCGUAAACGCAAGCGUUCGUUCAAAAUGACGCAAUUCUUGCCGCAUAAUUUGUUGGCGUUAUUUGCCCCACGCGACCCUAUUCCAUUUCUACCACCUGCGAGCAAGUUACCCCACGAGAAGAAAAAUCGUGGAUAUGGUGGCGUCGGUGAUUUUUUAGACCAAUUUGAAGAUCCAAAAGAUACUCCACCACCUACAAGAGUUGAAACAAGAGAAGAACGCGUCGAGCGACGCAGAAGAGAACGUGCCGAGCAAGUUGCUUACAAGUUGGAACAGGAGAUAGCAGUUUGGGAUCCUACUGGGGCUACAAAUGUCACUUCAGAUCCAUUCAAAACCUUAUUUGUUGCAAGAAUUAAUUAUGAUACAUCUGAAUCAAAACUGAGGAGAGAGUUUGAAGGCUAUGGACCAAUCAAAAAGAUCCUCCUCAUCCACAACACCGUCAAUGGCAAACCGCGAGGAUACGCGUUCAUUGAAUAUGAACACGAGCGCGACAUGCACUCUGCGUACAAACAUGCGGAUGGUAAGAAAAUUGACGGGCGGCGAGUACUCGUUGAUGUUGAGCGGGCUCGCACAGUCAAGGGAUGGCUUCCAAGGCGUUUAGGUGGUGGUUUGGGUGGUACGAGACGUGGUGGUCCCGACGUGAACAUUAAACAUUCUGGCCGCGAAGAUAACGAACGCGAGCGUGAGCGUUAUCGCCUGGAACGGGAGCGCGAGGAACGCGGUGGAGGCGGCGGCGGCGGCGGUGGUGGUGGUGGUGGCCGUGAACGCGAUCGCGAACGUGGGGGAGGUUAUGGUAAUGCCGGCGGUGGCGGAGGAGGAGGCGGUGCGGGCGCAGGUGGUGGCGGCGGUGGUAAUUUCGAUCGGCGCCGGUCACGAUCCCGCGAACGCAGGAAACGUUCACGGUCCAGAUCGCCACGGCGUGAGAAACGCCGCCGAAGCCGCGAGCGACGCGCUGCUGAACCGGAUGUCGAGGAUGUUGAUAGACGGUCAAGGGAUAGGGAUAGAGAUCGUGAUCGUGAUAGGGAACGUAAACGCAGAAGGUCAAAGUCUCGCGAUCGGGACCGUGACAGGGAGCGUAAACGCGAACGCCGGGAGCGGCGCGAGCGUGAGCGUGGUGAACGCGGCGAGCGGUUAGAAUAUAUUAAGACAGACGAGGGUGGUGAAAUCCGCGUCAAGGAGGAACCCGUCGACGAUUAUCCAGACUAUCAACAAUAUCAACAACAAUACGAGUCGAAUGUUAAAUAUGAAGACGAGGAUGAGCGUAAGUACGACCCGGACACAGCGAACGGAAGCAGCACGCGACGUUUCGCCGCCGAGGAUGACGAAUACGAGGAGGGAGAGGCUUACUAAGCGACAAAAAAAACCUAGAUUUACGUUAAGUUGCCACUGUAGCGCGUCGACUAGCGAUUAGAUAAAGUAAUUAUGAUAUGGUAAAGCAUGCGUGCGAAGCUCGUGCGCAAAAAGCAUCGCAAAUCACGACGACACUCCCGACGCUUUCUCCACACGCAUUUUGCAUUUGAAUAUUCCGUAUCACAACGCUCUCGAAAUCGUCGAGUCACUUAUUCGCGUUGAGUCCAAAGGCGCGGGAGUGUCGUGGGGUAAUCUUACGUUGCACAAAACACUGAAUGACGUGAUGGUUAUUUUAUUUGAUUUAUUUCAAGUGUGUGUGGAGAGUGUAUAACUGUGUAACAAACAAGUUUCUGUUUAUCUAGCAUAUAUAACGUGACCUUAAAUUUUAAGUUUGGUUCAGACUCGUGUAGGAAAUAAAGUGCACUCGAUUUUCGAUCCUGAA